AUGGCCAGCACACAACCACAACUACAAUCGUCGUCUAGCAGCCAAGGCUCACACUUGAGCAAAGCCAACCAAGUUAAACUAUCCAACCCAAAGACGAGGACCAAAGGGCAAAACAGCACCCUAGGAAGAACACCGAAACAACCCGGAAAAAACAGGAGAUGUGAAGUGUACAGUGACCAUAUGGAAACAAUUUCUAGGCUUGAAAAAAUAAUUGCCGACAAAAACACCAUAAAAGAAGACAAAAUUACCAUAAUAAAGGAUAAGGAGUACAUAAUUCAGCAGCUUGAGGAUAAAAUCAAGCUGCUGCAAUGGGUAAAUCCGAAUCAAAAGAAGGAGCAGGUUUCUUCAGCUGCACCCAGUAUUGAUAUCGAUACUGAGAAAGCAGUCAAUAAGAAAUCAAAAAAAAAGAAUGGAAAGAAAUCGAAUGUUAACAAGGAAAAAGAUCCCAGCAAAAUCUCAAGUGAACAAGUUAGUAUCGCAGUAGCAACGGCGCUGAAGAAACUGGAAGAGCGGAAAAUUGAAACGUUCCGUGAUGCCGUGGCGUCUACUGCUUUGCCUUCCAACGCCAUUACCAACAAUAAGAGCGUAACAGAAGAACAAAAUUGGACUUUGGUCCAAAGAAAGAAAGCGCCAAGGCGAAAGGCCACAACUAUCGAAGGCACAAAUGCAAAUGCCGUGAUAAAAGAUGUGGUGAAGCAAGCGCAUCUACAUGUGUUUCGACUGGCGCCAGAAAAAACGGAAGAGCAAUUGGAAAAUUACCUGUGGGACAAAAAUUUCGAAAACGUAACGUACAAAAAAAUUGCAUCCAAACAUCCAAACGUAUAUUCAUCAUUCAAGGUAUCAGUUUUGGAAUCAGAAUUAGAAAAAAUUAAAUCGCCGGAAAUAUGGCCUCAAGGAGUAUGCGUGGAUCGUUUUUUAUUCAGGCUCCAAAAGCAACCAAGCAACGACAAAUUGCCAAAUUCGACUUUAAAUAUGUUUUUAUUAAAACUUGAAGAAAUACUAACGCGCAUAUUUAACACAUUCGAAUCGAAAACUAAAGUCAUCAUAUGCGGUGAUUUCAAUGUGGAUUUCUUAGUAGAUUCGAAUGAUAAAAUUGCGCUAAUUAACUCUGCUUCCACUUUUGGACUGGAACAUGGGAAUGUAGCUGUCAAUCUAACCAAGGACUUGCUCGACGCAAAGACUAGACCCGAAGCUUAUUUAGCUAAGGUAUAUGUCAGUAGGCGAAGUAUGUUCCUGAGACCAACAUCUCCAGAAGAAAUUGUUACAGCGAUUAAACAGAUGAAAAACAAGACAUUACUUGACGCUUUUGGACUAAACGCUAAAAUGAUCAAACCAGUAGCCGAGUAUAUAGCUUCACCGUUCUGUGCAAUCGUGAACAGUGUAUUCGCUACAGGACAGUUUCCAGAUAAAAUGAAACUGGCGAGAAUCAUUCCAGUGUAUAAAUCCGGAGAACGCCAAGAUGCAUCCAAUUAUCGGCCAAUCGCCAUACUGCCUGUAUUUUCUAAACUGAUUGAAAUGUUGUUGACCUCAAUAAUACUAAAUUUCUUUGAAGCCAAUAACUAUUCAAACAACAGUCAAUUUGGGUUUAGAAAGGGGUUGAAUACGAUCGACGCCAUAGUAAAUUUUCUAAAUUUUAUACAAGAUUCUUUAGAGAAUCAUGAACAUUGCGAUGCGCUGUUCUGUGACCUUAGUAAGCCAUUCGAUUGCGUACCACACAAAAUACUUCUAAAAAAACUUGAAUAUUAUGGACUGAGAGGUGUUCCGUUAACGCUGAUGCAAUCCUACUUCACGAAUCGUCAACAAUUCGUUGACUGGCAAUAUAAGCUCAGUAAUGCAGAAGUUGUGCCAGAUAUUGGAAUUGUCCAAGGCAGUAUUUUAGGUCCGCUACUAUUCCUAAUAUUUGUGAAUGACCUGCCCUCCAACUUGAAUUGCCAUUCGACUCAGUUCGCAGACGAUACGGCACUAGCAGUUGCAAGCAAAGACAUAAAAGUUAUGAAUGAAAAGAGGCAAAAUGCUUAUAAACAAGCUGAAGAGUGGUUUCUCGCCAAUAAAAUUGUUCUGAAUAAAAACAAAACUGUUUCUAUUAAUUUUACAGCUAAUAGAAGACAUGUUGAACUUCAAGGCGGUGAAGUCAAAUACUUGGGACUAACAAUGGAUAGUUUGCUGACCUGGGCCAAACAUAUAGAGUUGCUAUGCGCAAGGCUCUCGAAAGCCAUUUAUGUCAUUAGAAGAAUUAGAUCCAUAAUAAACCAGGAAUGUGCCAGGGAAACCUACUUUGCUAUGUUCCAUUCUGUACUUUCAUACGGAAUAUUAGCUUGGGGACAUAGUGCACACACUUCUAAAGUUAUGGAUCUACAAAAGAAGGCGGUUAGAGCAAUAGAAGAAGUCUCACCUCGGGAGCCUUGCAGGCCGCUAUUCAUAAAACACAAAAUUUUGACUGUCACAAACAUUUAUAUUUGGCAACAAGCUAUUGCGGUGCAUGCGGAUAAAACUAAUCAUUUAUUGAGAAGUGAUGUCCACGACCACAAUACGCGGAAUAAAAAUGCAGUGAUAUGUCCAAAAAUGAAACUUAAAUCAUCGCUAAGAACUACAUUGGGAGCCAAGAUCUAUAAUAAGCUACCUGAUGGAUGGAGAUAUUUAACAAAUUUCUGA